AUGCUUGCACUGCCCGACUUCGCAGCUGGUGCAAUGGAAAAUUGGGGACUGGUAACCUACAGAGAACAGGCACUGCUGUAUAAUGAUGAACUUUAUUCUUUGCCGAAUCGAUUUUCAGUUCUGAGAACUGUAGCACAUGAGCUGGCUCAUCAGGUUUGCAUAAAGUAUAACCCUGAACCUCAAAUAGGAUUGUGA